AAAAAAGAGAAAGGUUCUGUUAGGGUUUGCUUCAGGCGCGUCGCCGGGGCAGGCAGCGGUUCCAGAGCCGUGCGUGGGGCGAUGCAAAUUUUUUUUAUCGGGUGGUGAUGGGAAAUUGAAAGGGCCCGAGUCAACAUGGCCCAAGAAGUUAGGUAAACAGUGCCAGUGUGUGCGCGCUGUUGGAUGUGUACUGGUGACGAAAGCUUGGGGUGGUGUGGUAGCGUGCGCCUGGGCUUCUAACGCCAGAUAAACUAGUGCCAGACUGUUGAACAGUCGUCAGUUGCUUUGGUUAGUCAGUCUGUGAGGAUAGGAAGAUUUCACACCAUUGGCUUGAACAUCCUGCGUGGCUUUGGAGCAAGGAACAGAUGCACUCACUCCUUCCAGUUUGGUUUUGCGAACAAGUCCCGCUAGACCAUAGGGAUCUGUUCACUGCGUACAUCGUAUACGUCACCUACGGUCUACCAGUCUGCACAGUCACUCCACGGUGAAUACCUCAUUCAUUACACUACUGAGCCUCAUUUGAGCACCAGUCGCCAAUCUCUCUGCCUAGCCCCAGCCUCUUUGGAUAACUCAUUAGUCUCCGUAUUCACUGGUAUUGUGACGGCAUCUUCCGCGUGAUCUAUAACGAUCCUGGUGGUGUUGGAGAGAGAUUUGCACCAAGGGGUCCGCUGGAUCGGGGAGAGACCCACCGAACAAGCCGGCUAUCGUCAUGGGUCGAUCCUGGGUUGCUUUGAUGCCUAGCUUGCUGCUGGCUUGUCUGACUGUGGUUUGUGAUGGUGUGCUUGCUGAUGUACAGGGACCACCACGCUUGGACCAACCCAUCAUAGGAUUCCAAAAAGCUCGAGUGGGCCGCAAGAUCAAGCUGUUGUGUCCAGUUGUUGGUAACCCGCCCCCAUUGACAAUGUGGAAGAAAGAUGGAGAAUCCAUCAACACGCUCUGGGAACGAUUCAAAGUCUUAUCGGCCGGUUUGAAGAUUAAGAAUGUGCAGAUGGAGGAUGCUGGUCAGUACGUCUGUAGAGCUACCAAUGGAUUUGGGAGUGUCAGUCUGAACUACACGCUCACAGUAAUUGAAGACAGAAGGAAUCCCAGUAGAGAUAAGAAUCCUGAGAGACCGGAGGAUCCAACAGGCAGCAAGCCACCGACUGGAACUAAACCCAAAUUCUCACAGCCCUCCAAGAUGAGAAAAAAGAACCUGGUGCGUCCCUUGAACAGCUCAGUGCGGCUCAAGUGUGCGGCCACUGGCUACCCCAAACCCCAGAUACUCUGGAUGAGGAACGGUGCGACACUAACUGAGGCAGAGUUAGGUGAACAAGGAGCCACGUGGACUCUCAAACUCAUGAAUCUCAGGGCUUCAGAUUCUGGAGAUUACACUUGUGUGGUAUUCAACAGGAAUGGGAGAAUCAAUGCUACAUAUACUGUGGAAGUUGUAGAUCAAGUACAUACCAAGCCUGUAUUGCAAGGUGAACAUCCGGUCAACACGACGGUGGCUUACGGAGGAACAACCUCCUUCCAAUGUCGAGUCCGUAGCGACACGCCCCCUCACAUCCAGUGGUUGAAGCGAGUUGAACCGCACAACGCUAAUCAACGAAUCAAUGCGACGAUCGAUAUGGACGGGCAGAAGUUUGUGGUGUUACCAGCCGGGGAAGUGUGGUCUCGACCUGAUGGGUCCUACUUGAAUAAACUCAUGAUCUCCCACGCCACGGAGGAAGACAGUGGGAUGUAUAUAUGCCUGGGAGCCAACCUGAAUGGCUACAGCGUCAAGAGCGCAUUCUUGGAAGUAUUACCUGAUCCCAAUGGCCAGUCAUCACCGGACGGUCGACCCAACAAUCCCAACCAUAUUGACUUAGAGAUUGACGAUACAGUCGCAAAGCAGACACCGCAAGCCAUGGAUGCCACCAAGAAAGCUCUCCUCAUCACUAUCCCUAUAGCCUUCGCUGUUCUCUUCUGUCUCGGAGCGGCCGUCUGUACCUACCACCGCAACAAAAACCUGCAGGGUUACGCAAGCCCCGCCCCUAACCAGCCAUCCAAUCAUCUGGCAGCAAGGGCGGAGCACAAACGCAACACGCCUGUGCAUCCUAACCAAUCAGACUGUGAGCAAAGCGUACCGUUAACGUCGCCCCCAUCAAGCUUAGGAGGGGUACACUCGUAUCACCCUCCGAGUCGUGACGGGGCUGCUAUUAAUAGAUACACAGACUUGGGGAUGAGUGCUGAGAGUUACUCAGAUACGCUCAACAGUAGCGGUAGUUUGUCUAGCAGUAAGGUGCAUACGCAUCAACACGUACAUCAACAUCACGUUGUGCAUCACUGCUAGCGUUUGUUUUUAAUCCUUGUACAGAAAUGUGUAUAUAUCAAUAUACAAAUAUAAGAAGUGUAAUAUUUACAAAAUGGCGUCUGGGUGUGUUGCGGAGAUGGAAUGACCUUUGGACUUUCCCAGAAUGCAUUGUGGGAAACGUUGCAGAUUUUUUUUCCUGUGGGGAGAGGUCCGUUCUAUCAUAUGAAAUUGUAAUUGGUUUUAAGGGCUUGGAUUACUUUUUGAGUAUCUGCGGUUUGCGUGGCGUUAAAGUCACUUGAUUUUUAUGAAAGUUUCACCAGACAGACCCAACCAGUUCAAAUCAACUCAGAACUAAACGAUGAAUUUAUGCUAUAUUAUCAUUACUAUAGGUAAUUGAUGCAUCUCUCCUGUUUCCCAGAGUGCUUUGCUACUAUCCCACAAUGCCACUCGUUUCCCAUAAAGCUCAGCUAUGCCAUAUUUAUACAUAUUGUGUUUAUAUACCAAUGUUUGUACAGCAGUAUAUAUGUAUGAAAAUAUUAUAUAGAACUUAUUUUAUAGAUAUUAUUGGUUAUGACUCGACGGAGAUAAAGGCUGGCCUAAACUUAGAAAUUCAUGCUGAUUAUUUGGAAUGAAAUUAUUUCAGCGAUUUUUUUAAAAUCGCGAUUCACAUUUAGAGAAUAGACCACAUUUCUCAGUCAAUCAGGGCACUACAACAAUGCCUUUCUCCAGGUACAAACAC